UCGCUCCUCCUCUUCCUCCCCCCUCGGCUGCCCCGGCCCCAGCGCGCCGCGGUGGUCCCGCCGCCGCGGGCCGGGGCAGAGCCCGCCCCCCGUAAUCCAUGCGCGGGCGGCACCGCCACCAGCGCGGCGCUCUGAGGCGGCGGAGCGGGCCGUGCUGUGCCGAGCCCCGGCGGGCUGCAGCGCCGGCGCCUCCGUCUCGCUCCCCCGCGGCCGGUGAGCGCUGGCGAUCCGCGGUGCGGGCGGCGGUGCGCAAGGAGCGGCCGGGUCAGCGCGCUGCCGUCGGCGGGGCCGGGAGGCGGCAGAGAUGGUGUGUUGAGUGGUUUCCAUAAGAAGCUUCUGUACCCCUCUGAAGCAAGAACGCAUUCAAGAGUAAAAGGUCUGAAGACACCAGUGUUUUCCUGGCUAGAAAGUUAACAACCCCAAGUCAAUGUAUUGACGACUUCUAGCCUUGGUGGAACAAAUCUCUCUACCUCAAAUUUUAUGAAUACUGCUAGCUAUGGCUGGGGGACUCUGCUUGCUGCUGCUGCUCUUCUGUGGAAGUACUAUUUCAGAGGUUCAGCCUAUAUACAAGCUGCCUCCUGGGACUUUGGAUUUUGGAUUUGUACCUGCCAAGACGUAUGAUACAGGUGCAUACCAUGAACCUGGACCAAUAGGAAUUUUGUUUAAAAUAGUCCAUGCUUUCCUUUAUUUAGUGCAACCCAAUUCUUUUCCUCAAGAUCUCAUCAGAAAACUAGCACAGCAGAAGUUUGGGAAUUCACAGGGCGAUUAUCAAAAGCCAGAAAAUGUUGUCCUGACUCUUCAGGCCAUCUACUAUGAAAUCGGUUUUAUAGUCUCCGCAGCCUUUGGACUGCUAUUUAUCUUGUUACUGCCUCUUGUGGGACUUUGCUUCUGUAUGUGUCGUUGCUGUGACAACUGUGGUGGGGAAAUGCAUCAAAGACAGAAGAAAAAUGCUGACUGUCAGAGGAGCUGUUUUGCAACAUUUCUUUUUGUUGCUUCUUUAAUAAUAAGUGUUGGAGUGCUUUGUGCAUAUGCUGCCAACCAGCACUUAACAAGUCAAGUCCGAGGGGCAAAGAAACUGGUUAACAGUAAUUUUAAAGAUCUGAAAAUUUUCCUUAACGACACUCCAGCGCAAAUUGACUACUUGGUAAGCCAGUACAAUACAACCAAGGAUAAAGCACUCUCCGACCUAAAUAAUGUGGGACCUUUGCUUGGUAGCAGAGUUCAAGAACAACUGGGGAAAGAAGUACGUCCUGCACUUGAUGCAGCUCUGACAAUGGCAGGAGCAAUCAGAGAGACGAAGGAGGCACUGGAAAACGUGAGUGUGUCUGUAGAGGUUUUGCAGGAAGGCACCGAGAGGCUUCAUGCAAAUUUGACAGAUGUUAAAAUGCACCUGAGCAACACUCUCAAUGAUUCUGCAUGCUCUGCAGUUCAGGCUGCUUCAACUUGCAAUAUCAUCAGGAAUUCAUUAAAUCAACUGAACAUCAAUGCCAAUUUUACUGGGUUGCCGGGGGUGAGCUCACAGCUUGCCAAGGUCAAUGAUGUCCUUAAAAUAGACCUUUCUAGUCUGGUUCAAAAGGGUUAUGCAUCAUUUAAUGAUACUCCAGACUUAGUGGUGAAUCAAACCAGGAACAUUUUAUCAGAUAUCAAAAAUGUGUUGGAAUCCAUUGGUGCAAAUAUCAGUAGCUUCACAAAAACGCUCCCUGUUGAGAAGAUUUUAGCUGAUUUGACAAUAUAUCUUACACAGAGUGAAGCAUAUGUUCAAGAUUAUUUCCCAGUAGUGGAGCAGUAUGAUUUCUACAGAUGGCUGGGUUGUCUCAUUCUGUGCUGCAUGGUCGUCCUGAUUCUGGUCUUUUACUACCUUGGGUUGCUAUGUGGUACCUGUGGUUACGAUAAACAUGCUUCUCCAACAACAAGGGGCUGCAUUUCCAACACUGGAGGAAACUUUCUCAUGGCGGGCGUUGGAUUCAGUUUCCUUUUCUCCUGGGUGCUGAUGAUUGUAGUGGUGCUCACUUUUGUCACAGGUGGAAAUGUAGAAAAACUGGUUUGUGAGCCAUUUGAAGAUAAAACGUUAUUCAAGGUUUUGGAUACUCCCUACUUACUAAAUCAACACUGGAAAAACUACCUUUCUGGCAUUCUGUUUAAAAAUCCAAAUAUUAACUUGACUUUUGAAACUGUUUACAGUGAUUGCAAGGAAAACAAAGGAAUUUAUACUUCCCUUCACCUAGAAAACCUGUUCAAUAUCAAUGAGUUUCUAAAUAUUAGUAUGUAUACAGAAGAUGUUGCACUUAAAAUUGAACAUAUUCAGAUAAAUCUCAGCAAAAUCAUUCUGUUGGAUGAAAUUGGGAAGGAGAAUCUUCUGAAUUUCAGCUCUUCGGGAAUAGAAGGGAUAAACUUCGCAGCGUAUUUGACAGAGAUCAAUAAAAGCGUUACCAAGGUUGAUCUCUUAUCAUUUGCUAAUGACUUGGAAGCAAGAGCAGACCAGCUGCCAAAAGGAGCACUGGAAAAUGCCUUAAAAGGACAUGCAAGCAACAUUCGAGUGAUUCAUAACCAGCAAGUUGUUCCACUGGAGCAAGCUAUGAGCACUUUAAAUCAGAGCAUUAGAUUACUGAAGAGGACAUCAUCUGAACUUAUGGUUAAAGUGAAAAAUGUCAUUAGUGCUGUUAAUGCUGCCCAGCUUCUCAUAAAUAACAAUGCUUCUCAAGUUAUUGUCCAGGAAACAAAGAAGUUCAUGGAUACCGUAAUUGGCUACUUUGAGCAAUAUGUUGAAUGGGUCAAGGAAUCGAUUGCCAUGGAGGUAGCAGCUUGCAAGCCUAUUGCCAAUGUGAUAGAUACAGCAGUAGAUAUUUUUUUAUGCAGCUAUGUAACUGAUUCUGUGAAUACCUUCUGGUUUGGCUUGGGAGGCUCUUCAAUAUUUUUAAUUCCUGCCAUAAUUUUUGCUGUAAAGCUCUCCAAAUACUACCGUAGAAUGGAUACAGAGGAUGUCUAUGAUGAUGUUGAAACUAUACCCAUGAAAAAUAUGGAAAAUGGUAAUAAUGGUUAUCAUAAAGAACAUUUAUAUGGUAUACACAAUCCUGUUACUACAAGCUCUGUGGAACAGUGGUAGCAGAUACUGGAAACAUUAAGGGGUUAUAGAAAUGAGGCUCAAGAUUCAUCUACAGGAAUAUAUCAUUGUUCUUCCAAGUGUAUUGGCAUUUGCAUUCAUCUUCCAAAUACUGAGCCACUUCUCUUAUGUGACCCGUACUGUAAAUCACAAAUAUGCUAUUGAAUGUUUUGCCAUAAACUACUGUACAGAAUAUUUUGUGACCAGGGCACUGCCUCUCAAAUACCACUGUUCAAGGCUUGAAUUAAAAUGUUUUUUGUUUUUUACUUUUUUACACUGGGCUUUCUAUCUUACAUCACAGUAUAUAAUUUCAGUAGGUUAACAGACUUUGCUUAGCUAUCGUCUGACAAUUGGUUAAGUUCUUAAAUUGUUGGGAUGUGUUAAAUACAGUAUAUACAUGUUUACAUAAAAAAAUGCAUUUUGUAUACAGAGACUUUUGUAUAUACAUUUUUCUUAAAACUUGUAAGUGUUUAGUUAAGAUUUUAAUACUGUAUAGUAUACUUCACAAAUGAAUUUACCAGCAUGAUCAGUGUUGCUAUUUGGUGCUCUUGAAUGACCACUUUUGACUAAAUUUUAAAUGUAAUGGGAUCCACAGUGUCUCUUUGUGUCUAUGAAAAGUUCAGUUGCAGUUUUGAUUUUUCCCUCUUUUUGAAUUAUUUAGUAUUUAGUGAUUUUUGCAGUAUAUACUAUAGGCCUAAAAGGGACUGUUUGGAGAAGUUUGAAACUGUGUUCGGGUGGGAGGGUUGGGAGUGUGUAUGAUGCAUAAUAUGGCAAAAAAGCUAAGCUUUCUAGAGUUCAAUAGUACUCAAAAAGAGCAUGAGAGAUGUCAUAAUGUUGAUGAUUUUUAGAAUGCUUUACAUUCAGUUUCUUCUCUUUUCCUCCUUCACGCCCAGUUCUAUAAUGUCCUUUAAUAGAUAUCACUGUUAAGUUGUUUCUCUUUCAGCAGCCAGUGAUUCUAUUUUUGCUAAGUAACUUUAAAAUGUGACUUCAGAUAUUGAAAUUCAAACAUUCCUGGCAACUGGAUUUACGUUCCUACUGUCUGAGUUACUACCUUGAAUUUAGGCAUACAGUUGUAACGCUGAAUUACGUUAACAGCAGAGUUCAUCAAAAGGGCCACAAGUGUCUCUAUUACUAGCGUAAAACAUUGCAGAAGGUGAAAUAAUUGGGUAUAUUGAACUAAAACUGUGUCUCUUCAUGUGCCAGUAUUCUUAACUUUGUUUCCAACAAGGUUUAUUGGCUUAAAGUAGGGGUAAUCCUGAAAAUCAUUGAAAUGAUUUUAAAGAAAUGCUGAAAAGUGAUACCAGUUUUUAAUCUGGAAUAACCUUAUUUUUCAUUUUUAGGUCAUAAAUGGAAACAUUUCUAACUGACAGUAUGUAGCAUAUGUGUAUAUAUAAUGUUCAGAACUGUAGAUUUUUAAAAGUUUCUAUUUUUAAUUUGAGAAAAUGUUUCCAGUUCAUUUAAAUAAAAAAAGAACUUGGUUAACUAA